UCCAUGUUUGCACAUGUGACCAAGCGCACACAACUGAGCCUAUAUCUGGCGAGCGCAACAAUUCGGAAGGGAUCCCCAUAGGUUUCUAUUGGCGUCGCAUCUUCGCAAAUUAAAUAGGUUAAUUAAAGGGUUUCACUGUGCCGUAGGUUUAGCGCUCAUUUCACGUAACGGACUACAUUGUAAAUAGAACCCUAUAAUUUUCAUUUGGUGUAGUCGAAACGGCAUAUAAAAUGGAUUUCACGAUUCGCGCUGCCAUGCCCGAAGAUUGCAAAGACAUAUCUCGGAUGAUUAUGGAGUUGGCAACGCACGAAAAAAUUCCGGACCAAGUGAAAAUUACUCAAAGAGACCUUGAACAGGAUGGGUUCUCCAGAAACCCAUUCUUCCAAUGCAUUAUUGCUGAGGUACCAGAGCAGCACAGAACAAAAGAGGGCCAUGCAAAGGUGGGAUAUGCCCUUUAUUUUUAUACCUACAGCACAUUAAAAGGGAGGUCAGUGUAUAUGGAGGACCUGUAUGUAAUGGCUGAAUUCAGAGGAAAGGGUAUUGGGAAGGCGCUCAUGAGCAAAGUUGCCCAGUUGGGGUUAGCAGCUGGCUGCAACCAACUUAGCUUCACUGUCCUGAACUGGAACAAGCCAUCCAUGGACUUCUACCUGAGCCAAGGUUGCUGGGACAUCACCUCGGACUCAGGUUACCAUUGCAUGCGCUGCGAGGGGGCCGCAUUGGAGAGCCUAGCAGAGGGAAACCCAAAAAAAUGAGCACACCCUCUGUACUGAUCACUUGUUGCAGAGAUGGAAGGGCAGUGCAAGCAGGGUUAUAUAGUAACAGGGUUUUGCCAGUUUUAACUUGCAUUUUGUGUAAAUAGACCUGCAACACUUUCCCGCUCCUCAGAAAAAUGUAUCGUCAUAGCAUUCUCCCUAAGCUUGAAAACCCAAUACCUUAACCAAAGAUUCUAAUAAUUUUUGAUGUAAAAUAAUAUGAUAUAAAAAUAUCAAAGCACAAUACUCAGAGAGGAGUAUAACUGGAAAAGUGAACUUUCAGGUAUUUUUCAAACUUCCAUGUUUUGUCACAUAUAAGCCACAGAUGGCUGACUAAACCCUUGGGAAUUUAGGGGGUGUAGUGCAUGAGUGCUAUUACAAUAAGAUAUUAAUCUAUUGACAAUACAGCUAUGUACAAUACAGUUUUAAAUUUCAGAAAUAAAUGAGAUGAAAGGUGUGCUCAUGCACAGAUACCACACAAAAUAUUCAUACUGAUAAACCUUUGGAUGUUCCAAAACAAAUGAAGUGAUAAAAACUGAAGUCAUCACUUAUAUUACCUGAUGAGAAUUUUAAGGAACUGGUGGUAAAAUUCCGUUUGGGAAGCAUGGCACCCAAAAGUAUUGGAGGACCUCUGAUGAGCAGGAAAACAUGAGAGUGAGGGGAAAGUGCUCAGGCAAAUUCUGGAUAAAAUGGUCUAUAAAGUACAUUUGAGAGACCAGUUCGUGAGCUUGUCCUGGUAUAUGCAGAAAGACUGUUUAUGCCUAGUGAACAUUACACGAUUUUAGCCAGGAUUUUGUAGUCGCAGACUAAUUUUCAAGGUCUUAAGAGAAUCUCAACAAAAAUCCCCAGUCUUUGCUUCAUCGGUGCGCGAGCCCGUGACCAACAGUCUUGUAAUGUGACAUGGUCAGAGACUCACCCCAUCCAGUCGUAAGCCCGUCUGCAACUCCUGCGAGAAUAUCAAACUGGUUUGAUUUUAUCUGAAGUCUUUAGGCAUGGUUCGUGUAGUGUGUGAUACGCAAACAGAGCACACUGAGAUCUAGUUUAUUACCAUCAUGAAUCCUGUAGUGUGUGACCCCCUGUAAUUACCAGUCUUUGUAAGUCGUGUAGUGUGACCGUUUCUAGGAUGAAAAUACCAGUGAUGUUUAGGGCAGACAGUCGUGAAGUGUGACAUGCUCUACGUUGUUAGGAUUUUAAAAGUUGUGUAAUGUGCACUAGGCAUUACCGUGCUUCUGUGUAACUAAGUUUUUUAAAUUUAUAUCUUCAUGGAAUAUCGUUUGUGCACUUUAGACCCUUUAGAAGCCCUUUGUAUUUGAACACUUCACAAAUGUGUAGCUCAUGAUUAGGGUAUCUUUAUGUUACUAUUGGGUCCAGAACAAGUAACAUGUUAAAGUACAAUGUUAGUAAAUUUACAGUACAUGUUCAUUAGGAGGAUGUGAAAUGAUGUAUGUGCUAGCUACAAUAAAUGGAUGUUUACCAAAACUUUUGUAUUUGGAAUAGAGAUUUUGGGUUCUCUCUCUCUCUCUCUCUCUCUCUCUCUCUCUCUCUCUCUUUCUCUCUGUGUCAUAUGAAACCUGUGUUAGGCCUUAUCUGUGCAAUAAUGUUAUCAAUGAAUUGAUACUUUUUUAUUUUACUUUUGUGUAAGUGCUGUGACAAAAGUUUAAGUUUAAGACAUUCUAUUAAAGCUGAAGGGCAAUCCA